CUCAGCACUGGGGGCGGAGCGGGGCGUGCGGGGCGGGACCACCCUUAUAAGCCUCCAGGCAGCAGGCUUGAAGUUCCGCUGCCGCCGCCGCCGCCGCCUGAGCCGCUGUCUACACUGCAACGAUGCCGCCCUACACCAUCGUCUACUUCUCCGUUCGAGGGCGCUGUGAGGCCAUGCGCAUGCUGCUGGCUGACCAGGGCCAGAGCUGGAAGGAGGAGGUGGUGACCGUGGACACCUGGAUGCAGGGCCCACUCAAGGCCUCCUGUCUGUACGGGCAGCUCCCCAAGUUCCAGGACGGAGACCUCACCCUGUACCAGUCCAAUGCCAUCCUGAGACACCUGGGCCGCUCCCUCGGGCUGUAUGGGAAGGACCAGCGGGAGGCGGCGCUGGUGGACAUGGUGAAUGACGGCGUGGAGGACCUCCGCUGCAAAUACGUGACUCUCAUCUACACCAACUAUGAGGCAGGCAAGGAGGACUAUGUGAAAGCACUGCCCGGGCACCUGAAGCCUUUUGAGACCCUGCUGUCCCAGAACCAGGGGGGUCAGGCUUUCAUUGUGGGCAACCAGAUCUCUUUCGCCGACUACAACCUGCUGGACUUGCUGCUGAUCCACCAGGUUCUGGCCCCCAGCUGCCUGGACUCUUUCCCCCUGCUCUCGGCCUACGUGGCACGCCUCAGCGCCCGCCCCAAGCUCAAGGCAUUCCUGGCCUCCCCCGAGCACGUGAACCUGCCCAUCAAUGGCAAUGGGAAACAGUGAGGGCUUGUGGUGCCCUGGGCAGGAGGCAGGGGCUGUCUGCUUCCCUUUCCAAUAAAAUUUCCAAGAGAGAA